AUGACGACCCGAUCGCCGCCGACCGAGUGCCAUUUCAACAUGCACAAGUCAAACUCGACGUACUUCACGGACCUGGACAUGUUGCGUGCCCACCUGACCGGACUAAUUUUCAGCGCCAUGUUAUGGGAACGACACAGCACGGACGGUGCAACUUGUUCGUGGGCGCGGUCGCUUGCGUGUUCCAAAAAGACAUCAAAACCUCAACAGACGUACGAGCUAUGGACAAGAGUCGCCAGCUGGGACGACAAGUGGCUGUACAUGAUCACUCAUUUCGUGGUCCCUUCCAGUCGCCGACGAGAGCGCAGCUUGGCUUCCUCCUCCAGUCAAGCAUCGGGGACAGAGCGUGCUAAGAAGGGAGGGAGCGAGUCGCCUCAUGACCAACCGCAUAAAAAGAACCAUGAAGUUCUCGCGUCGGGCGUCACACGCAUGGUGUUCAAGAAGGGUCGCUUGACAGUGACACCCGCCCAGGCCAUUUCGGCCUGCCAUGCCACGGCUCUACUGGACGCUCAAGGCGAUACUCGUGACUCCGGUCCAAGGGACACGCAGUUUGCGUCAAUCACCGUAUCAGACAAGGCAAACUGUGGCUCCCAUGAACCGACGAGACUCGAUCUCGAAGCUCUCGAAUCACUGCGCAAAGCUAGUCUGCCGAUUGUUCAGCUGCACCGAGGAUGGGAUGCGGUACACGCGCUGUUUGACGAUACCAGGGACAAUGUGCUGGCACGGCACCAGGAUCUCAUCUUUUAG